AGAGAGCUUUGCUAGUAGCCGCAGCGCAUCUGAAGUCUUCAGUCAUUCAAACUAAGUAGCUAUCUGCUGGUGUUAUUUAACAGCAGCUCUCGCUCCGGGAACAGGACGCCUAAGUGCCGUGGCGCUCAGCACUCCUGCUAACAGUUUUUUUUUUAGCAGACGAAUAGAGGACAAAACAAAAAUGUCCAAAGACACGGAAGGAAAGGGCGAGAAGAUCAUGGAUAUGGAAAGCAAGGUGUUGUGGUACCCGGACUCCAAGAGGAACACACAGAUGGACAAGUUUAGGAUACAGGUCAACGGAGACUACGGACUUAAUCUGGUCAACUACAGUGAUCUGUACCAGUGGUCUGUGGGCAGCUACUCUGAGUUCUGGGCACAAGUGUGGCGUUUCUGUGGGGUGGUCAGCUCCAAACCUUAUGAAGAGGUGGUGGACGUAUCCAAGCGAAUCUCAGAUGUCCCAGAGUGGUUUAAAGGAGCUCGACUCAACUACGCCGAGAACCUACUCAAACAUGCAGACCAGGACAAAGUGGCUCUCUACGCUGCAACUGAGGCGAAUGAAGAGAUUGUGAAGGUGACGUUCGGGGAACUGAGACGGGAUGUGGCGUUGUUUGCGGGAGCCAUGAGGAAGAUGGGCGUCCAGACUGGAGACAGAGUCGUAGGCUACCUGCCCAAUGGGAUCCAUGCAGUGGAGGCCAUGCUAGCAGCAGCCAGCAUCGGAGCCAUUUGGAGCUCCACGUCUGUCGACUUUGGAGUCAAUGGUGUUCUUGACCGGUUUUCCCAGAUCCAGCCCAAACUUAUCUUCUCGGUUGCUGCGGUAGUUUACAACGGCAAAACACAUGACCACAUGGAAAAGCUGACCAGUGUUGUGAAAGGUCUACCUGACCUGAAGAAAGUAGUUGUUAUUCCCUACGCUCGCUCCAAACAUGAGACUGACCUCUCCAAGAUCCCCAACAGUGUAUUCAUAGAUGAUUUCUUGGCGUCUGGGCGUGGUGAGAGUGACCAGUUCCCUCAACUAGAGUUUGAGCAGCUUCCAUUCAGUCAUCCUCUUUUCAUUAUGUACUCGUCUGGAACCACAGGCGCUCCUAAAUGUAUGGUCCACUCUGCUGGGGGCACCCUCAUCCAGCAUUUGAAAGAACAUAUUCUCCAUGGCAACAUGACCUCCAGUGAUGUCAUCAUUUACUACACUACGACUGGCUGGAUGAUGUGGAACUGGCUGGUGUCUGCUCUGGCAGUGGGAGCCUCUGUGGUUUUGUAUGACGGUUCACCACUAAUUCCAACACCCAAUGUACUGUGGAACCUGACAGACCAGCUGGGCAUCACUAUCUUUGGUACCGGCGCCAAGUGGCUUUCUGUGCUGCAAGAGAGGAACUUGAAACCCUCAGAAACACACAACCUCCAGUCUCUCCACACUAUCCUGUCUACUGGAUCUCCUCUCAAACCUCAGAGCUACGACUACGUCUACCGCUGCAUAAAGAGCAACAUACUGCUGGGCUCCAUUUCAGGCGGUACCGACAUAGUAUCAUGUUUCAUGGGUCAGAACCCAACAGUUCCAGUGUACCGGGGCGAGAUCCAGACAAGAAACCUCGGCAUGGCUGUGGAAGCCUGGAACAUUGAAGGUAAACCUGUAUGGGGAGAGAGUGGGGAGCUUGUCUGUCUGAAGCCAAUGCCCUGCCAACCAACACAUUUCUGGAACGACGACAAUGGAAGCAAAUAUCAUAAAGCGUACUUCUCUACAUAUCCUGGGGUGUGGGCUCAUGGGGACUACUGUAAAAUCAACCCGAAGACAGGGGGCAUUGUCAUGCUGGGCCGAAGUGACGGUACAUUGAAUCCCAAUGGAGUCCGAUUUGGCAGCUCAGAGAUCUACAACAUUGUGGAGGCGUUUGAGGAAGUGUCAGACAGUCUUUGUGUUCCUCAGUACAAUGCCGACGGAGAAGAGCGAGUUAUUUUGUUCUUGAAGAUGGUACCUGGUAAACCCUUCUGUCCCGAGUUGGUGGCAAAGAUUAAAGGAGCCAUUAGAAAAGCUUUGUCCGCCAGACACGUCCCUGCCCUGCUGCUGGAGACCAGAGACAUUCCUUACACCAUCAGUGGCAAGAAGGUGGAGGUGGCCGUGAAGCAGGUGAUUGCAGGCCGAGAGGUGACACAACGAGGAGCAUUCUCCAACCCUGACUCACUGGACCUCUACAAAAACAUUCCUGAACUGCAGAACUAUUAGAGAUGGGUUUUCAAGCAGCCGAGGAGAAGCCCUUCAAAAGACAAAUGCCUCACAAGAAUUUAGUCUAUGUUUUAAAUUAACUUUAUUCAUACUUACAGGUACAGGGAUGUGUGCAAAGAGUAUUGCCGAGGUAGUUUACAGAGGCACCCAGAGACUUACAUAUAGGAUGUAUAUCUGAAUGGUAUCAAAACAACAACGUGUAUAUAAGGAGCUAAUGGUCUCAGGCAGGCAGUAGACUUUAAGGCUAGAAUUGAAGUGAGCCACCAAGUCGUAAAUGUUGUAAAUGUUGAGCUGAAUUCGGCUUCCAAUGUAACGUUAUGCACACAGCAGCACCUGUAAAUGCUCCAAACCACCAACAAUGGAGAAGUGAAAUGUAGCAUAAAGCGCUUUGCUUUCACUUCACAGUUGUCAGCUAGUGAAGAGCCUUAUCUGUCUGUCACCUGCCUUUAACCCUGACGCUAGUUCUGAGUGGUCCCCUGACUCAUGGAUGCGUGCGAGAUAAACGGACACAUCUCAGAUCAACACAUCUGCUAUGAUUCAACAUAACAUUGUUACGUGGUGUGUAUUGCUUUAUUAAUGUGUGCGUGUGUGUAUGUAUAUAUAUAUAUAUAUAUAUAUAUAUAUACUGUGAAAUUGUGUUAAUGUAAUUAUACAUUUAACCCAAAGUAAACUAAAUUAAGUCAAAAAGUUAUACAGUAACACGUCAGUUUCAGUUUACUAAAAUGAAUGAACCAGGGAUCCUUGCUAAUAUAAACUUGGUGAAUGUUUUGCCUCCAAGCUAUUGUACAAACAAUUGAGUCGAGAUCAAGUGUGAUCUGAAAUGUUAUUAUUUCCUUACUAAAGUUCCAUGUGUGUCAUAAAAACAGAUUCUCUCAUAAAAACUGUGGGGCCUGUUUUGUAUAUGAUACGUAUAAGUUUAUUUAUUUAAAAUUCCCUCAUGAUGUG